GAGGCAAUGGUUCUGGUAAGAUUUGGGUUGAAAUGUCCAUUGACCGUUUGAUGUUUUGGAGUUACAUCCCUUGGUAAAGCGCAGUUACUAUUCUUUCUCUCUUCCACACCCUCCCCCCCAGUCUCCUGAACGCACUCGGCAUCUUCAAGAGCUUGAAAAAUGACCGCCACAGGCCGAAACGACGCAAUCAACCUCGUCAACGUUUUCACGUCGGACAGUGGAGGCGGAAACCUUGCGCCCAUCGUUCUCCGCGCCGAGGGCCUGACCGACGAGGAGAUGCGCGGCGUGGCGCGGAGGCACGAUAGGGAAAGCUCCUUCGUGCUGCAGCCUCCACGAACAAAGGAGGGUGCGGACGUAGAUUUCCAGCUGCGCUUCUUUGUGCCGGAGCACGAGAUGGAGAUGUGCGGCCACGCGACCGUGGGCACCGCCUGGGCCAUGCACGAGCUGGGAAUCUCGCAGAAGCCGGAACUUAGGUUCAUGACCAAAUCUGGCCUCGUGCGCACCAUCCGCCGCGUGGAGCAGGGUGACGGGCACACCGCGCAGGUAAAGGUGUUUGUCUCGCAGCCCAGGGGGACGGUUGAGGACGUCGUGGAUUCGACAUUGCUCGCGGACAUUCUCUCCGUGCUGCGCAUAACUGAGGCGCAGCUCGAGCAGAAGACACCGCGAUCGGUCCAGAACGCUUGCACGAGCCGGGUCAAGACGGCGAUCGCUCUGCGCGAUGCAGAUGUGCUGAAUAAUCUACAGCCUGAUUUCUCGCGCGUCAAGGAUCUGUGCGAGAGGUUGGGGUCUACAGGCUUGUAUCCCUACGCGAUGGUACAAGGAGGCAAUGGCAACGGCCCCAGCGGCCGAAAUGUUGUCCAGGUCGAGGCACGGCAGUUUCCCAAAGCCUCAGGGUACCCCGAAGACGCGGCUACGGGCAUCGCGGCAGCGGCGUUGUCUUAUGCUCUCGCGGCGAAUGGCGUGCUAAGCGUGGGACAAGAGGCGGUGGUGUAUCAGGGACGAGCGAUGGGCUAUCCGUCGCAGAUCAACGUGCUGCUGGAGGAGGACGGGUGUUGGGUAGGCGGGACCUGUGCAUGGGAGAACCAGUCCAAAUGAGGUGCGGAAAGCCCAGGAUGUGAGGAUUGCCUAGUGCAGCCGUGUCCCGGAAGGGACUCAGUCAUAUCAUGCACUUGCCCUUCAAGAGAGAGCAUUCCCGGCCUGGUUCCUGGGAGCUUUUGCUGACUAUUUGAGGGAAGUACCACUGCCAUAGCGGAAUCGUUCCAUCUGCCAGUCAAUCCCCGAUUCAGUCUCGUUUUCUCCCAGAGGCGUAAUCGCCCUCAAUAUAUCGACCUCGAGCGCAUUCCAU